UUAUCGAUACUAUUUUGAACCAUAAUUAUUUUUGUUUACAUUCAACAACAUGGAACUAGAUCUAGUAAAUUCAACUGAAGAUUCAAACUCAAAAGAUCCUUUUUAUGCAGAUGCCAAAGACUACUGGGCUAAAAUAGAUCCAACUGUAGAUGGGAUGCUAGGGGGGUUCGCUAAAAUAUCCCCAACUGAUAUAAACGGAUCUAAGGCAUUCCUUCGACCAUUUUUAAAGAUUGCCGGAGGUUCAGUAACACCAAAAUUUGCAUUAGACUGUGGUGCUGGUAUAGGCAGGGUAACCAAAAGACUCCUGCUUCCCAUCUUUGAAAAUGUAGAUAUGGUGGAGCAAGAUAGACACUUUUGUGACAAUGCAAAGGAGUUCAUCGGACCUGAGGCCAGCCGUGUUGAAAACAUUUUCUGCAUGGGUCUACAGGAUUUCACACCAACAGAAAAUAAAUACAACCUGAUUUGGAGUCAGUGGGUGCUUGGCCACCUUGAAGAUAACCACCUUAUUCACUUCUUUCAGAGAUGUCAGAAAGGUUUAGCAGAUGGGGGUAUCAUUAUAGCCAAGGAAAAUGUUUUAGAAGAAGGACAAAAAACAUUUGAUGACAAUGACAGCAGUUACACCAGGACAAGAAAAGAGUUGAAAGAUUGCAUAAAAAAGGCAGGACUUACUAUCAUUGCUGAAGAGAAGCAGAGAGAUUUUCCUAAAGAUUUAUACCCUGUUUAUAUGUUUGCAUUAAAAUAGUUAAAACAUAGUCUUGUUUUCAAUGCAAAUUUUAAGUAUUUGCUUUACAUUGUUUUCUUUUCUAGAUCCUUUUUUUUUAUUCUCCAUUUUUUUUUCUUUCAUUUAUUUAAAUUUCUAGUUUAUAAUCUUGUAAGCUUAGUAAAGGGUUAUUUUUUUAAGUUUUGUGUCUGUUCAAAUACAUAGUUACAUGAGGUUCUCAUCUUUUAUCAAAUGAUUUGCUCCAUCUUUUAAUUUGUAAAUCCUUAAGUACCGGUAUUUAAAUAUGUUGACUUCCUCCAAUAUUUGAGCAUCAAGAUUUAUUUAGGAUGGCUGCCUGCUCGUGAGAUAGGACUGUCAUCACAAUGGUCCAUAGUUUGAAUCCUCUUGCUGCUUCUCUCCCUUGCCAUUAAGCAGUUGUUUAGGACUUGUAAUCAUUUUUAUUUCUGAAGAAACAUCUAUUAGCAAACAUACAGCAUUUAAUCUUAACAUGCUUGCAUACAUUUUAUUCUUCUCUAUGCCUAGUUCUAUUACAACAACUUUAGCUGCAUCUUCAGUCUGAAAGUUAAGGGAGAUUUUUUUUUUUUAAAUGAAUUUUCUCUCAGGAUAACAGAACAAAAUAAUAAAGAUAAAAGAAUAAUAUGAAAAUAAUCAGCCAGUACCCUGGUACAAGUAUUUAAUCUUUAAACAUUGUCAGUCUAAGAAUCUAUUUUCUAAACAGAUUUUUAUUUAUUACAGGACAAAAUUAACAUUUCAGUUAUAAUUUGUAGUAAAAAGGUUUAAAACUAAAUGGUGAGUCAUUCAGAUUUUAUGCAUGGUAACAUUUGACAAAAAGAAAUAUCCAUUAUUUGUAUGUUUCACUAUUAUUUCUUUGUUGUUUUUUUUUUAUUAUGACCACAUAACAGCUACCAUCUCUUGAGCUUUUUCAUGAAAGAUGCUUUUCCAAAACACUCUCGAUUCUUAAGGACAACCUGCACCCAUUAAAGCACUGUUACAUAAGAUCUGAACGAAGUGGUCGUCUCCUUUCCAUUAGGACUAAAACAGAAAGAUUUAAAAACUCCUUUAUCCCACUUUCGGUCAGAUUGUUACAAGAUCAUCUGUCGUCAUCGAGAAGUACAUACAAGUCUAACUCAUAAAGCGCUGGUUGUGUAUGUGUUUCGUGUGUGAAUGUUGUUCGAAUUUAUCAUCUAUACUGUUAUUGUACAGUAGUUACGUUGAUGUCAUUUGUAGUCAAACUGAAUUUCCAUUUGAUUGGAUCAAUAAAAUUAUCGUAUCUAUCUUAUCUUAAAAAUGCAAAUGCUAAUAAACAGUUUUAUACUUUAAA